AUAGGCUGGAAUAUGUAAGUAUUGUCUAGAAGUUCCCUGUUGGUCCCUUACUAGUCUGCUCUUCUUUGUUCCAGUGAGUUCUGUCAUGAAGUGUAGCUCAUGUUAGGAUUACCCGGGAAGCGAGCUUGUCGACGACGACGGGUAAGCCGUGUGAGCGGUUAAGGGUUGCUUGUUGCUCAGCUGUCUUUAGUCAAUAUCUUAUGAAUGUUCCGGUCCAGGGAAUAAUGUGAAUGUAGCUAGAGUGUUCCUAAGGUGCGUGCAUACUAGGGCUUCUUCCUCUAGUUACCGUUGUAGCUGAACCAGCACUUGCAGCUGUAUAUUCUGGGCGAGGAGCGUAAGCGACAUGGCAUAUUUGUGAAAGAAUCUCCCUUCUCUUCGUUCGGACUAGCCAUGAAUAACCAGUUGGUUGCUUCCAGUGGAGGAACCCCUGUUCAUGCAUGGCGGGGCCCGGGAUCCCUUGCUGCUGCGGUAAAAGAGUCUUCCUUCUUCUGGGCGGAAUGUGUAUGAGUAGGCGUGAAGUAGGCGAAGCAGUCCUCCCGUUGAUACGUGGGAUAGGAGAAGGGGUCUACCACUUUAUAUCACUAAGUUCCCCCUCUCCGUCUUGCAGGUAUUGUUUCUGGGUUGUGUCUGCUUCCCGCUGUGCAGCUUCCACUUCCUUUCUUUGUUCUCUGGGAAUAAGUAGCAUGAAGAGUUCAUCUGUUGUCCGUAGGUCCCUGGCUGAGUUAUCAUGUGUAGCUAAGUACGAUCUGCGUUCUGCUGUCAGUUAA